CUUGGUCGAUCUCCUCAGUUAGGAAGAGCUAGUCUCUGUUGUAGUGUUGCAGGCCUUCUCAGGUAGCAGGAAGCAUUGCUGGUUCGGGGAAUCAUCUUCUCGUCGAAGAACCUGCUCAGAGUCAGGAACAAGGGUACUUAUCGCGGCAUGGGGAAUGUGGAAGAGAUCUUGGGAGGAAAUGUAACGCUGAUAGAUCUGUGGAGAAGUCCUAGGGGGACAGGGCUCCGUAUUGAGGCAUCAACACUGGUGGCGAUUGCCCUCUCCUUCUUCCUUGCUAUCAUUGGGUCUUGCCGCCGUUGGUCCAAUCGCUGGAUCAUCCAAAAGGGCUUUCUGGCUGCACAAGUGUUAACUAUAUCUCUUGGGACUUACAGCAUUGGCCUAAUGCAGUCUUCAUCGGCGAAAAGCGAGAUGUAUCCCGUAUGGGCUGUGUCCUUAUUUGCCCUCUUUGGCUGUGUCGACCCAGUCACAAGCUACAAUGGCCUUGACUACAAGAUCCCACUCUCGAGGAUGAUAUUUCAGCUUUGCCUCUAUGGUGGAUAUGUCCUGCUAAUGAGCACCUCAAACAUCUCCGGUGUUGUUGGUAACUUAGCCAUCGGCGUGCUGUCUGCCAUCACCUUCAUCAAGGGCUUUCAUAGGUCACUUGCGCUUGUGCUGCCAAGCAGAAUGCGGGACAAGCUAGGAGAACUUCAGUUUAAUGGUUUUUCAGAAACAAGUGCUUUAACAGGUGGUGGUAGUACACUUAUAGUCCAUUUACCCCUUCCUACUCACGGUUUGACGCACGUUGGUCAGCUUUUAGAAAUCCUAGAUGAUGGUAAAACUCCAAACAUGGCGGAGAUAUAUCGAAGCUGUAGCUACAUGGAGCUAGGUUUAUUGGUCACUGCCAGUGACAUGGCAAAUAUCGAAGAUGUGUGCCUUGGCUAUUCUCUCUCUCAUGUGUUGAGGCACCGUUUCCUUGGGUUGGUUAACGACGGUGACGAAAUGUGGGAAAAAAAGGUAUGAUUUGGGACAUGGACCGACUGUUAAGCCCAUAGACUUUAAGAGGGUCUUGAAGGCGAUUGAGGUCGAGUUGGCUUUUCUGUAUGAUGUCUUUUUCACGAGCAAUGAGUUUCUUCACUACUAUGAAGCAAAAACCUCCGCCUUGUGGGCCGUUGCUUCAUUCAUUGGGAUAUGUUUUGUGGGCAUAGCCACUGCCAUUCCUGGGACAAUGACUAGCCACCAUCAUAUUGUUACCUCUGCCACUGGUCAUGCUGGUGCUGCUGCUGGCACUGUCAUCGUCGUCGACACGACAACACACCUGAUCGUCACUCUUGUCAUAUUGGUAUCCCUUGCUCUCCUGCAAUUGGUGCAGUUGAUACAGUUCUGGGCAUCAAAUUGGGCGACAGUCACCGUUGCCUGCGAGUACGUUAGGAAACGGAAGGAGCAGAAAUGGAAGCAACUUACAGGAGAUGGGCCAAGUCCACAUAGCCGCGAGCAAAUCAGGUACAACUUUAAAAAGAAUCAAAUAAGCCUGUGGAUGAGAUUGAAACUGUUUCUAGUUACCAGGAUGAAUUGGUCUGACAAGUACCUUUGGCAAGGUAAGCUCGGGCAGUACUCAGCAGUUGAUGUAGCGAGCAGGUGGAGCAUAGAACGCACCAGCAAGACAUGGUUACUGAUGCUACUAUGUUGCUGUGAGUGUCUUUGCUGGAUAUGUGAACACUUGCCUGGGAUGCAUGGGUCGCAGUACAUUGGACAGGUGCUCCGGGAACUGUGGGUGUGCGACACCAACGCAGGAGCCGCCGUUAGAUUGCACGAUGAUGUGAAGGCAUCCAUUGCUGAUUUCCUGGGUCAGAUCAGGAGCAGAAGUGUAGGGGAGGAUUGGUCAUCCUUGAGAAGGAUAGGGAAGGAUUGGUCAUCCUUGUUUACUGACAAUGGGCUAGACGCAUCCUACCUUCCCUAUAACAUCGCACCUUCCUCGUGGAACCGUGCCAGGAAGUUCACGCACCGUGUCAUGAUGUGGCACAUUGCGACAAGCUACUGUGAACUAGCAGAGCGGCAGGAUGGAAGUGCUGGCGGCGGCAGCGGCGGAGAGAGCAAUGCCAGCAGAGAGAAGGAUCGGCGCGUGGCCAUUGCUCUGUCUAAGUACUGCGCCUACUUGGUGGUGUCGGCGCCGGAGUUGCUCCUCGGGCCAUCCAAGGAAACAAAGCACGCGUUCGAUGAUGCUGCGUCUUGGACAAGAAAAGCAAUGAGCGAGAAGAAGCAGCUCAAUAAACUGGAGGCGAUGCGUGCAACAGGAGUACCGCCCAGCGAAUACGACGCCUUUCAGAUGGGCGUGUACUUGGGGAAGCGACUUCGCAACGAGACGCCGCCGGCGCUGCCCGAGGGGCGGGAGAGCGCACGGCGGCCCUACUCCGCCGACCCCUGGAAGGUGCUGGCGCUCCUGUGGGUGCAGACGCUGCUCUACGUCGCGCCGUACGGCGACGUGCAGAGCCACAUGCAGCGGCUCUCGCAGGGCGGCGAGUUCAUCACCCACCUCUGGGCUCUGCUCUACCACAUCGGUAUCGACACCUGGGAGGUAGCUGCAACAGAGACGAGUGAAGCACACGCCCAAGGAGAGACGAGUGAAGCACACACCCAAGGGGCGACGACGGGGGAAGAAGUUGAAGAGAUUCUCAUUGAUUGAUUGAUUGAUUAAUUUGAGCGGUGGAUUCAAGUCCACAGAGCAGGAUUAUUGUGUUUCUUCUUGGAGCCUGCAUGGAGGCCUCAUUGUCGACAGAGCCGAGGAGAGAGGGUAUGGUGCUAGCUGCAGAGAAGACGGGUUUGAGGUGGAUGGGCGAGCAUCAUCAGUUCAUCACCGUGGAGUGUGUUGGUAGACAGGCAAGCACCAACUAGUGCCUAUCAAGUAGCAAAUGUUACCUUUUUCUAACAAUUCCUGCAAUUGUCGAUUCGUUUAUGCA